CUUCUCAAUGACAUGUGCUUAUUGUUGUGUCAUGCGUUAAGUUUUUUCUAGUUUUUAUCGAUAAAAAAUGUAUUGAUUUGACCGCAACUGGUUAAAUAUUCUAAAAUUAAAUUUGAAAAUGGACACUGAUUUAUUACUUGGAUCGCCGAAUAAUUGUAGUGUACGAUUAUACCAUGAACACUUUGAGGUAAUUAUAGAUUUGAGAUCAGCUUUCUCAACUUUCUUUGCCAGUUCAGUAAAUGUUACGUACUAUGAUAUGGGUAUUGUAGUAAUACUACAAAAAGAAGAAUACACACAAACACAAGAAACUGAGUGUUUGACCGAAAAACUCACUAAAAAAACUAUCACCGUAACGAUACCUUCACCUAGAGCUAUUAAAUCAGAUCCUAGAAAUACUAUAAGAGUUUCGCCAGAAGGAUUUUUGGAAAUUGCAGUAGCGUGGAAAUAAAAUCUUUAGCUAUGUUUAAAAAUUAUAACACAAAAUUAAUAAUUUAAAUCUUUUUAAUCGUUUUAUU